GGCAACGUCACUUGCAGGCAGGCAGGGAGUGUAUAUGAGAGAAACCUCCCUCGCCCCACACCACCCACUCUGCACUGGUCUCCGGCACUGUACAGCGCUGCAAUGCUCACCUUCCUGCUGGACACCGUGGGAUGGAUCUGGGCCACUCUGUCCCUCUACACCUGGGGCCUUCUCCUCGCCUUCCUCCUCCUGCUGGCGUGGUACAGUGUUUCACCAUAUGGAUUCUUCAGAAGACUUGGAAUUCCAGGACCUAGGCCACUGCCAUUCAUUGGAACAUUCCAUCAUUACAGAAAAGGUGUGUUUGAGUUUGAUGAUGAAUGCUACAGGAAGUAUGGAGACGUCUGGGGGAUCUAUGAAGGACGUCAGCCUAUGCUGUGUGUUGCCAAGCCUGACCUGAUUAAGACUAUUCUCAUAAAGGAAUUCUACACCCUGUUCACCAACAGGAGGGAAUUUGCUCUGAUUGGACCAUUGAAAGACUCUGUGAGCGCUGUUACAGACGAGAAGUGGAAGAGAAUUCGAAAUGUGCUUUCGCCAUGGUUCACCAGCGGGAAACUGAAGCAGAUGAGUUCAAUCAUUAAACACUUAACAGAAAACCUUGUGAAAAUUGCCGAGAAGAAAGUGAAGCUGAAUGAAAAAGUCAUCAUGAAGGAUAUCUUUGGGCCCUACGGUCUGGAUGCAAUCUCCAGCACCUCCCUCAGUGUGGAUGUGGACUCCAUCAACAAUCCCGAUGACCCGCUUGUCACCAAUAUCAAGAAGUUGAUUGAUUUCUCCCUCUUCAGGCCUGCUCUUAUUCUUGCUAUGAUAGUUCCGGCCUUCAAUCCUAUCCUGGCAAAACUUGGCUUUAGUUUUUUACCGAAUGAUGCGACUCAGUUCUUCAUGAGAACCAUGGCGGCUUUGAAGGCAAAGAGGCAAAAAGGUGUGCAUGCGGAUCGUGUGGACUUUCUACAGAUGAUGGUUGAUUCUGAAGCAACUGGCACCAGCUCGGAGCUACAGGACAAUGCUCUAAGUGACUCUGAGAUCCUGGCCCAGUGCUUCAUCUUUACCUUUGCCGGGUAUGAGACUACCAGUACUACGCUCUCCAACGUCGCGUACAAUCUCGCCGUUCACCCCGAUGUGCAGACGAAACUACAGCAGGAAAUAGACAAGGCUUUUCCCAACAAAGCUCCUCCCACAUACGAUGGCGUGAUGUAUUUGGAGUACCUGGAAAUGGUGAUUUGUGAAACACUUCGAUUAUUUCCUCCUGGACCCCGCUUGGAAAGAAUCUGCAAGAAAGAUGUCAAACUCAAUGGGGUGACCAUUCCCAAGGACACGGUGAUUGUGAUUCCUGUUUAUGCCCUGCACCGUGAUCCAAAGUAUUGGCCAGAACCAGAGGAGUUCAGACCCGAGAGGUUCAGUAAGGAAGAAAGGGAGUUGUGGGAUCCUGCCGUCUACCUGCCGUUUGGGAUGGGUCCUCGGAACUGCAUUGGGAUGAGGUUCGCUCAACUUGUGAUCAAGAUGGCACUUGUUUCACUCCUGCAACGCCUGACUUUUGUGACUUGUGACGAGACGCCGAUCCCGUUGGAAAUUGAUGUGAAAGGGCCCAUGCAUCCUAAAAAACCCAUAGUCCUGAAAUUUGUGCCACGAAUUAACACCGAUUCAAUGGAGUAAACGAGCAGCUUGAGGGGAGUGGUGAAAAUAUUUAGGAGCGUGUACAUCUCGUGAUUGUUAUAACAGAAUGGGGAAAUAUAUCAAUUUGCACAUCUUUAAAGAUUUGAAUGGCAUGUCUAGAUGGAGGAGGCCAUGGAGAUUCACAAUGUGUAGAUGAAGCAGGGGGGGAGAGCUCUAAGUGUUUAAUCAAUGCAAAGUUACUGCAGUCUUAACAAUAUAUUUUUAAAAUGUACUAGCAAUUUACUUCAAAAUCAUUUUAAGCUGUCUUUUCGAGAGAAUGCCUGCAAAAAUAGUUUUGUAACUAAUUUUUUUAAUUGUUAACAAUAAAACAUGUAAAAGUGGGUAUCUAUAGUA